AUGUCAUCGUCUCCAAGAAUAGCAAUAGUCUUGUACUCGUUAUACCACCACGUGUACACCCUCGGUGAAUCCGCCAAGGCAGGCAUAGCGAGAGCAGGCCUCCAAGCAGACAUGUUCCAAGUCAAAGAAACAUUGAGUCCCGAAAUCCUCCAACUCGUUCACGCCUUGCCGAAACCAGACAUCCCCGUAGCCGACAUCAACGUCCUCACCGACUACGACGCGUUUUUGUUUGGCGUGCCCACGAGAUACGGCAACAUGCCCGCGCAAUGGAAGGCGUACUGGGACGCCACGGGUGGAUUAUGGGCCAAGGGGGCACUCCGCGGGAAACACGCCGGUGUGUUUGUCAGCACCGGUACACAGGGUGGCGGGCAGGAGACCACCGUUAUUAACACGUUGAGCACGUUGGCGCAUCAUGGCAUUAUUUAUGUUCCGUUCGGGUACGGGCAUCCGGGACAAGCGAACUUGGAUGAGGUCCAUGGUGGGUCACCUUGGGGCGCGGGUACGUUUGCUGCCGGCGAUGGUUCGAGACAAGUUACUGAGUUGGAGAAGAAUCUCGCCGAGCAACAGGGACACGAUUUCGUUCAAAUGAUCACCAAGUGGAAGUCGUGA